UCAUCAUUUCAUCUCUCUUUGUAAAUCGCCCUCCUUUUUUUGGUUUGCUCUCAAGACUCAAGAGUGUGGCCGUCUGGAAGUUACUUCCUUCUUCUCGUACUUUGCAGGUCGAUCAAUGGAGCAAUCUCCCGAGCAGUCACCGUCUCCUCUGUUUCCGUCGCUUCCAGACGACGUCACCGUCGAUAUCGUAGCUCGUGUGCCAAUAAGCCGUUACCCAACUCUCUCCCUCGUCUCCAGGACUUUCAGGAAACUCAUCGCUUCCCCUAAGCUCUACAAGAGACGAUCUCACCUGGGAGUCACCGAGCACCGUGUCUACGCUCUCCUCCGUGGCCCCAGCAAUGGUCAACCACGUUUCCACAUCCUCCACCGCAAACCCAACUCCACAAACCGCUUGGUCGUCGUCGGGUCGCUUCCCCCCAUGUCUCCCCACGGAACCUUUGUCCCCGUCGGCUCCAAAACGUACGUGUUCAACAGCCUGGACGCCCUCAGCGUCGACUGCGCCUCUCACACCCUGCAGCCCAUCCUCGACAUGCCUCAACGCAUGAUUAGAAAAUUAGGUAGCGCCGUCGACGGGAAGGUGUACCUGAUCGGUGAUUCCUUCUGUAGUUUCUCCGAUGAAGAUGGAACCUCGUGGGAGGCGUGGAGGAAGGCGGUGAUGGUGUUCGAUACAGAGACUCGAACCUGGGGGGCGGUGAGGAUAAAACACGGCUUGCCCUAUGGUGCUCUCUGGUCCGAAGCUGUGGUGCUGGGGGACAAGAUUUGCUUGGGAAGCUACAGGUAUCAGCACGCUUUUGAUUACGAGCCGAGGGAAAACAAGUGGGAGUUGAACGAGGCGUUGAGAGCUAAGGAUUGGGGGGAGGGUGCUUGUGUGAUUGAUGAUGUCCUCUACUAUCACGAUCAACGGUUGGACUGGGGUGAGGUUGCUCCGGAGAAGGCGUUGAUGGCGUUUGAUCCGAAGCAGAGCCGCUGGAGUGCUGUCAAGGGUUUGGAGGAGUUUUUGGCUGUGGAGACUUAUAAGUCAAUAAGGUCCAACCUGGUGAAGUGUGGGGAGAAGAAGUUGGCUCUCUUCUUUACUAAAAGACGUGACGGGAAUGAUGUCAUUUGCUGUGCAGAGAUUGGUUUGGAAAGGCGCCAAGAUGGUGGAGAGAUUUGGGGUAAGGUGUUGUCUUGUGAUGUUGUCUUUGAGGAUGGGCUGUUGAGCAUAGUGAAAUGUGUGUCUGUCACCGUUUGAUGCACCGCAUAAAAAAAAGCACUCUAUUUUAGAUAUUUCGUGUUUUAGUUUAAUCCUAAUCUCGUGUGUUUGUAAGUUUGCUAACAUCGUGUUAGUGUACGACAAAACUUGUGCUAUGUUCGGUUAAAUUUGUC